AGACCUUCACUCCGUUGGAAGGACCUGGCUUCGCUUGGAAUAUCGAAUUGACGCCAAAGAGUGAAAAGGAAGCGAGGUCUACGCCAAUAAUGAAGAAGAAUAUAGGCGGUUUCUGCUAAGGAAUCAGAUGUAUGAUUCCAGGUCCUCGAAGAUAAUCUGAUUAAAGCUUUAGGAAGUAGAUUUUUAUAUGAUGAAUGAUGUCUACAUCUGAUGUCACAUGUAGAUUUUCAGUCUCAGUCGCAGCAAUCCCGCAUGAUGGAUUUGCGACAAGCUAAAAAUACGUUUUGUAAUUGAAAAUGAUUUAUCAAUGUACUUAAUAUGAGUACGGUAUGCCUUAAAAGUACGACUUUGGAAUUUGCCUUUCAGCAUUUUCUGUCCAACGUCCUUUUAAAAGAAAAUACUGUGUAUGGCCAUUCAAUACAUACGUGUAUAGUAUUUGCGGGAAAUAAUUUGAAGUGAAAUUGGUACGUGGCGUAUACGUAACAUUUUUCAACUUCGAUUUACAAAUGAGCUUUUAAAAGCUCUAUUGAAUUUUAUUUGAGCACCCAUGAACUCUUAAAAUUGGAUGCAUCACUCAAAGCAAACAUUUGAUUGGCGUGACCGUUAUACGCAUAUACUCGUAUGUCUAUACAAGCAUACAUCUCCUCGGCGCAAAUUGAAGGCGAAAUGCACAAAGUCUUACAUUCUCCUGACGAACUCCGCAAAAUGCAGUUUGGCCUUAAAUAUUCGGUGGCGUUGUACGGACUCUUUUUUGGUAACGUGUGUUUGCUGAAUGCCCAGAAUUACGAUUGUCAAGUUUUGCUGCAGGACAAGGAUAUUACUAAUACUGACUGGGCGAGCUUGGAGCCCUGCCUAGGUGUGGCCAACAGUGAGGGCAUAUCGGUCAAUACCAGUGAGAAUGUGUGGCGCCUAAUAAAAAUUGCUUUCGAUGGCGUCGAGAAUGUACCGGCGGAGGUGUAUGGCAAGAUACGUUUGGUGCUACCUGCUAUCAGCGUAAUGGAGCUGUCCAACAUCAGCAUGUCACGCGUAGAGAUUGUGGAAGCCUUCGGUGGGGUGCACACCUUGAGCAACGACACGAGCAACGGUUUUAACGACGAACAGAUGCAGUUGAUUGCCAGCAAAGCACGUUACGAGUGGCUGGGCAAGGGGCCGGAGACGUAUUCGGAGUAUGAUUUAAUUUCGAUGGGCGAAAUCGUGUGUCAUCUGAAUGAAAGUGACAUUGAGCGCAUGCAUGCGGAUGCUUUCAAAGCGGCCGCCGAAAGUAUUGGUAGCAUCGAAUCUUGUCCACAGACACAAUUGCAAGCACUUGCCAAAUUAGCUUCGCGAAAAGAUGCCUUUGGAGAUGUGAAGAAUUGGUCCAAAAUUGAUGUUAGUAUAAUCGGCAACAUUGUUAACGGAUUAACACAAUCUGAAUUAGCUGUUAUAGACGAGAAUAAACUAAAGCUUAAUCAUUUCUAUGUACAAAAACAUAAAACGAAUGGGAAAGGACGAAAUGGAAAAGGAAUUUCCGCAGCUUCGAACACUAAUCAGACGGACGUCAAUAAAUCUCACAGCCGCAAAGCAGAGUAAGAAGAAGCAUUUUUCAGUAAAAGAGAAAGCUUUUGAGAGAUUUUAUAUUCAAUAAAAUAAAAAAGCUUUUGGGAAUACCGAAAAUUUUCAAAGCAAUCGCAUGUGCCCUUAAAAUGGUUAAUUUAUUUUAUUAAACAACAGCUUUACAUUUAUAUUUAUAAUCUUUAUUGGGUCAAAGCUCAAUUUGCAUAAAUUCCAAGUACAUACAAUGUUAGUAAAAAAAUAAAAUAAAAAAGUUAAAAAAUUA